AUGUACUGGACCAUCACACUAUCGCCCAAGUCGUGCUACGAGGUUGACGCCGAGCGCUACGUCUUCUUUUGGCCGCUCACCUCCAAUGUCCUUCGCUUCCCGCGCCACACCUGUCUCCUCUUCCACCGGCUGCACCUCUUCAGUGCGAUCUUCCUCGUUCAGUUUUGCUCGGGGUCGCUCUACGCGUUCAUGGCGCUGCCCGACCCGAUCAAUCACUAUUUCGGCUUCCCGACCAGUGACGCCCGCGCCGUCCAGCUCAUCCUCGUGGCCGGCGUGCUCAGCAUCCUCGCACAAGCGCUCCUCGGUCCGCUUUUUGAGCGCCAAGGGCCGCGCUGGAGCAUGGCGAUCGCGACACUCGUUCUCACGCUCGGUCUCAGCGCGUCGCUGCUCGCCGUGUCGCUACUGUCUUGGAUUCUCUUUUACGUGGCGAUGCUUGUCGUGGCCAUGGCGUUUAGCGCCAUCAUGAUUCUGUCGAUUUCGGUCGCGAUGAAGUGGUGUCCGGACGCAAGAGGCUCGGUGGCCGGUUUUUGCCUCGUCGGGUUUGGUGUCGGCAAGCAGCUCUGGGCUUCGCUGUACAAUCACGUGACAAAUGCCGCCGGAAUGGACCUCAAGUACACCUUUGUACUCCUCCUCCUGACGCUCGUACCGACGAUGGCCGUUGCGACGCUGCUCGUGCGAACGCCGCCGCCCGACUUUAGCGUCGCCGGCUACGACAUGCACUGCAUUCCGUCCAUGAAAGCUCCGAGUGUCGACCUCGUCCAAGACGAGUACCUCCGUAUUGGCAUGACGCUUGUCAACUACAACGCGGUCACGCGCCGGAGCAACUCGUUUGUUGAGGGUACCGACCGACGGUACCACGAACAAGUCAAGGCCAUGUCAUUGCCCCAGUGCAUCUUCUCGGCCGACUUUGUCUGCCUCUUGGUUGCGCUCACGGCCAACUGCAUCGUCGGCUUGUUCUACAACAACAUGACGGCGGUGGCGACCUUGCGCUGUCCACUACAAGACAUUUACAGCCUCUCGGACGACGCUGUCAAGACGCUGCGCCUGCACGGGUUGAUCGUCGACCUCCUUGGCCGCCUCGUACCGGCGAUUCUCUCGGACGUUGGCAUUCGCGUCUUCUAUGCCAACCCCGCGGCCGUCCGAAAGGUCUGCUUGACGGGUCUCGUGCUGCUGCAGUGCAUUGCGAUUCCUGCUGCGUACCUCGAGUCGGACAAGAUGACGCAGUUUGCGCAUGUCGAGUGGCUGCUUUACGUGCUUCAGUUCGCUUCGAACGCUGGCGCGUCGCUGAUUGUCUGUCUUCUCACCGACAUGUUUGGUGUUUACCACGUCGGCACCAUGUAUGGCCUCUCGUCGAUGACGUGGGCCAUUGGCCAAGGCCUGCUUGUCGUCACAACCGCCAAGAACGUGGCGGCGCUGGCAUUUCAGGUGCAGCUCCUCUGGUGGCUCUCGCUCAUCGGACUUGUCGCACUGCUCUUUGUGCGCACCGACUCGGCCGACCGGUUCUACCGCGGCUACCGGUUUACAGUGUGCGGCAAAGUCGUGGUGCAGCGACCGCGGAAGUCGUGGCAGCCGCACCGCCAAGGAACGUGGGAUCUCUAUACGGACGUGCCCGACGGCAUUGAAGUGAUGCGAACGUCCAUGCCGUACCUGUGGCCGUCGCUCUCACUUGACGGCGACGACGACGACGACUCGUUAUAACUAUAGUAGGUGUUGUCGAGUAAUAUAGUAGUGUUAGAAUCGCUCGGCGACCAUGCAAUCACGGCGCCGCGUG